AUCCUCUCCUCCUCUACGACCUGUGCCAAGUCACUCUUUUUCUCUUCCACCCUCCACGACUCGCCCUCCUCGCUACGUCUUCGCACGGCUAGUCCACCAUCUGUCGAGAGCAUAAGGCUUCUGGACACGAUGUUGGCCACGUCGGCCGUCCGCGGUGCCCCAUUGAGGGUCGCUGCCAGAACCAUUGUCCGCAAGACCACAACUCGUGCCGCAUCUUCGAGCGCCUCCGAAGCCGCCUCCUCUCCCUUUUACCUUACACUGGGCGCUUCUGCAGCGACGGCAGCUACAGUAGGCUCGAUUGCCUGGUACUACCAUUUGUUCGGUCAAGAUGUCUAUGCCAUGACUCCCGCGGAAGAGGGUUUACACCCAACCCAGUACCCGUGGGAGCACACAAAAUGGACAAAAACAUUCGACCACGCUGCUCUCCGAAGAGGGUUUCAAGUCUACCGUGAAGUCUGCGCCGCCUGCCACUCUCUCAAGCGAAUUCCAUACCGGUCACUGGUCGGCACAAUGAUGACUGUCGACGAAGCCAAGGCCAUGGCCGAAGAAAACGAGUACGACACCGAGCCGAAUGACGAGGGAGAAAUUGAGAAACGACCCGGCAAGCUAUCCGACUACAUCCCGUCCCCAUACAAGAAUGACGAAGCCGCUCGUGCCGCCAACAAUGGUGCCCUUCCUCCGGAUCUAUCGCUCAUGGUCAAGGCCCGUCACGGCGGCUGCAAUUAUAUCUUCAGUUUACUGACCGGGUACCCGGAGGAACCACCCGCGGGUGCGAGCGUCCAGUCUGGUCUCAACUUCAACCCAUAUUUCCCCGGCACCGGUAUCGCGAUGGCACGUGUUCUUUACGACGGACUGGUUGAAUAUGAGGACGGCACGCCCGCCACCAGCUCGCAAAUGGCUAAAGAUGUGGUUGAGUUCUUGAACUGGACUGCAGAGCCGGAAAUGGAUGACCGCAAGAAGAUGGGUUUCAAGGUCCUGAUCAUUGGCACCGCCCUAUUGGCCCUGAGUGGUUGGAUCAAGCGAUACAAGUGGGCACCCAUCAAGACGAGGAAGAUUGUUUACAACCCUCCUGGCCAGAAACCCGGUUUUAGAAUGUAAGAGGUGAAGAGGGAUAGAUCCGAGGUGGCGGAAGAAGAUGGUACGGUUUCUUGUCGUCUGGGAAAAAGCUGAUGGCCACCACAGGCGGAUGGGUGGUAAAGGCGAUGGUUGCUUGUAACAAUCCAGAAUCAUACAGAAUUCACAGAAUUAAAAAAACUGCACAUAUUUCAUUGAAAUCCAAUAUUUUUCUUGAC